AUGUUUGUAGUUUUUAAUCGCUGCGGAGGGAGGGCGUCGCGUUCUGGAGAAAAUGACAAGAGAUGUUCAUGAACUGCUCCGAUUGUCGGUUUUAUUGUUGUUUUUUUCGCCCGUGUAUAUUUCGUUUCACUGGGAGGCGUUAAUGAAUCACCACGACGGUACUUUUUGAGGGCAGCGGGAGGAUGGUAAAUCCCGGCGCGAGAGCUCGUUGCUAGCAGGUCACAGCCGCUGUGCUGUAGACCCAUCCCCUCUUGUCAGUCAGCAGUUCUAGGCGUCCAGGUUUCCACCCCUCCGCUGACUGGUGUGACAGCAAGCACAGCGAGGGACUAAAUCGGGGAAUGGCUUCCGUCGCUUCAGACACACAGGUUUUGGAAGUGCCGUGCCGUGCCGCUGCGGGCUAGUUAAUGUAAUGCUUUAGCGCGCGCGGUCGUUUUCCACCACGGGCCACGGCUACUUCCUGGUGCCACAGCGAGAGGCAGUGCUGAGUUGAGGAGACACAAAUCUUGAGAGAUAGAGGAGGGGGUGAGAGAGAGAGAGCGAGAGAGAGAGAGAGAAAAGAGAGAGGGGCCGGAGAUAGCAACGUUUGGCUACAUUCACGGACAUUACAAAGGCCUCCCUCUCUCUUUUAUUUAUUUUUAGUUUUUUUUUUCAGCCACAUCUUUCCCCCGGUUUCUCCGCUGCUCAGUCAACUACCAGGCGGAUUGGAUGACGCUCGGCUGCGGCUAAUAGCGGAAUCAUAACGGGGGACGGAUUCCUCCCUUCCCGAGAAGCCUCUCGAGAGAUUGGUUUCUUUUCUUUUUUUUUUCCUCCUUUUUUUUUUUAAAUUAUUUAUUAUUAUUAAGAAAACCAUUCGAUCAUUCCGUCACCAUUUCAAAAGAACAUCCCGGGCGUUGUAUUUUGUUUUUGUCGGCGAAGGAAGGGCUUUUUUUCGGGGGCGACGGAAGAUGGGUUGUUUGGGCAACAGCAAGACUGAAGACCAACGCAUCGACGAGAAGGCUCAGCGAGAGGCGAAUAAAAAGAUCGAGAAACAGUUGCAGAAGGAGCGACAAGCGUACAAAGCCACACACAGGCUCUUAUUACUCGGUGCUGGGGAGUCCGGAAAGAGCACCAUAGUGAAACAGAUGAAGAUUCUCCACGUCAACGGCUUCAAUGCAGAGGAAAAGAAACAGAAAAUCCAGGACAUCCGGAAAAACGUCAAGGAUGCCAUAGUGACGAUAGUGUCGGCGAUGAGCACUUUAAUACCCCCUGUCCCGCUAGCCAACCCAGAGGACCAAUUCAGGAUCGAAUACAUCAAGAGCAUAGCACCUCUCUCUGACUUUGACUACUCACAGGAGUUCUUCGACCACGCAAAGAAGCUGUGGGACGAUGAAGGGGUAAAGGCGUGCUUCGAGAGGUCCAACGAGUACCAGCUGAUCGACUGCGCACAAUAUUUCCUCGACAGAAUCGACUCGGUAAGACAGAGCGACUACACACCAACAGAUCAGGACCUGCUACGCUGUCGAGUAUUAACUUCAGGGAUUUUUGAGACGAAGUUCCAAGUCGACAAAGUCAACUUUCACAUGUUCGAUGUCGGCGGCCAGCGGGACGAAAGGAGAAAAUGGAUCCAGUGCUUUAACGACGUCACGGCCAUCAUCUUCGUGGUGGCGAGCAGCAGCUACAACAUGGUAAUAAGGGAAGACAACAACACCAACCGGCUACGGGAAGCCUUGGACCUCUUCCGCAGUAUUUGGAACAACAGGUGGUUACGCACCAUCUCGGUCAUUUUGUUCCUAAACAAGCAGGACAUGCUUGCCGAGAAGGUAUUAGCUGGAAAAUCCAAAAUUGAAGACUACUUCCCCGAAUACGCUCGCUACACCAUACCAAAUGAAGGUGGGUUUUUCCUCACACAGCAUUGUGGCACUCGGAGCAGACGUGCGUUUGUUCAUAGUCAGUCCCUCCUUGUUCCAGCAACUCCUGAACCCGGCGAGGACCCAAGAGUGACGAGAGCAAAGUUUUUCAUCAGAGACGAGUUUCUUCGGAUCAGUACGGCGAGCGGCGAUGGUCGUCACUACUGUUACCCCCACUUUACUUGCGCUGUGGACACGGAGAACAUCCGGCGGGUGUUCAACGACUGCCGGGACAUCAUCCAGAGAAUGCACCUGCGGCAGUACGAACUCUUGUGAUGAGACCUUCCGCCUCCUCCUGAGGACCAUCAAGUACUACUGAAGUGUGUCAAAUCCUCCUCCUCUUUUUCUUUGACUUUUUGGAUUCCUCCGCAACAAGAUUCCGUUGAUUCCUUUCCAAAUUUUUUUUUUUUUUGGUCAUUCCACUAAGCUUCCGGCUACCUCCUUUUCUUUGCCCUCCUGUCUCCUUUUCCAAUACAUGAAGACACCUACAGGACCUCAGUGUAAAGUGUGUACGCCUGUGUGUGCGAAUGCGUGUGUGCCUGUUUGCCCCCCCUCCUCAAAGCAAAUGAAGAGAUAAAUGCACUUUGCAUUAUGUUCCUUAUCCCCCCCCCAACACCCUUCUUUUUUUUUUUUUUCCUCUCUCAAUGAUGAUGAUUUGGAUUAUUCUCCCACAAGAGGAACACACAAUGUAGCAUCAAUGCGAUAUUUAUUAAUCCCGUCACCACUUUUUUUUUUUUUUUUAAAUAAAACAAAACGCUUUGUGGAGCGAGAGAAAAGCAAGAACGGGGUGCACGAUGAAGAAAAAGUACAGCAAGCCAGAAGGAUUUUCCCCCUCCCCAUAGGAGCUGCUGCGUGCACUUUAGCCCCGCUUUCUCUACAGACUCGGACCCCCAACACAACCCACACAUACCAUCCUUUUACCUGCGGUGAGGGGAGAUAAAAAUGUAUUAAUUUUCUUUCUUUUUUUUUUUCUUCUUUUCUUGUACACUGUGCAAGGUGGAAUUCUCCUGUACAGACUGUAAAGUGUAAUAUUAUUUUGUACAAGUUCAAUUGAAAAGAAAAACAAAUCUACUUGUAGAUCUUUGUGCCUUGAUUAUGGCUGUACCUGUAAAAAAAAAAACAAGAAAAAAACCCGACAAAAAACAAAAAUGAGCUCAGAUGUAAGUAAUGUUUUUUCGACUGCGCUGUACAGCUUGAUGUCAAAAACACGUUUUUUUUUUCGGCAGCAAAACAUGGAGACUGCGCGAAAGGGAGUGGUUGGGGAAACUUUCUCUGUAGACUUUAGUUUUUUUUUCUGGUUUAUAAAAAAAUACAAAUAAACUGCUGUUUAUUUAAAAAAAAUACAAAUAAACAUUCUAGGGAAAGAAUCCUAAAAUUAUACAUUAUGCAAAUUAACCACUUACCUGCAGUGAGGACCACAUGUUGCAGCACCAUUGCCUUUUCUUUUGCUGUUUUUAGAGGGAUUUUUAUUAUACCCCUCUGUUUAAUUGUAUUAUUAUUAAUAUUAUUAUUAAUUUUACAGCUUUAAAACACACAUUGGAAAUCCAUUGAAAGUGUCCAAAUUGCAACCUGGUGUUGUUUUCAUAGGAACCAAUAUUAUUAUUUUUUUUCUGUUUUAUUUUUAUUUUUAAAGUGCGUGCGAGAUCUUGUGUAUAUAGACUCACACAUGCAUUGUGUGUGCGCGUGCGUGUAUGAAUGUGCGGACAAAGAAUUUUAUAAUUGUAUGUACAUGUAAAUUUAUAGGUCUAUAUAAAUAUAUAUGUACACUUAUACAUGUUUAAUUAUGUGUGUGCCUAGGUGUACAUACCUAUGUAUGUAUACGCUAAAUAUGUAUACAUACACACAUAGGAAAGCAUGUCUAGAAUGGAGACGAAUAAAUGAGCGUGUGCAAUAUUG